AUGUCUGCGUCCCCUGCACCCGCCAAGCAGCUCUCGCCAUCGCCCUCGACGUCUGCCUCGACUCCCGUCGUUCAGGCGAAGAAAGGCGCCGAACCUCCUCAGAAACCGCGGAACUUGUUCUCAAACGACGGCUCAUUCCUCGAGCGGUUCAAGAAGAACGCAGUACCAACAGCGGAUCAAGAGAAGAAGGAGCGGGAGGAAGUGCUUGCCCGGAAAAAGGCUCUGGAGGAGCGAUUCAAAAAGCGCGGCAAGCGUCACGCCGACUCGACCGCCGAUGCUCCCACCGGCAAGAAGAAGAAGGAUGAUGAGGAGGGCUUGACGGAGUACCAGAAGGAGGUGCGGCGGCUUGAGGCGCGGACGCUCAAGGACGAGGGCUACGGCUCGCGCGCGCUGCUGAAGUGA